AGCCUGAAAGAAAACCAUCAGCCCCCCAGGGACCAGCAGAAUGAGUGACAAUUCUACUGUGGCCCCUCCAACUUCAAACCAAGGUCCCACCACCCCACGCAAAGGACCCCCCAAGUUCAAGCAGAGGCAGACUCGUCAGUUCAAGAGCAAGCCUCCUAAGAAAGGUGUGAAAGGGUUUGGAGAUGACAUUCCGGGCAUGGAGGGACUAGGAACAGAUAUCACGGUGAUUUGUCCUUGGGAGGCAUUCAGCCACUUGGAGUUGAACGAGCUCGCUCAGUUUGGGAUCAUCUGAGGCACCAGAGGUUCUGCCACUCUCAGCAGCAUCUGCUGUAACUUUGGUUACUUCUGCCCUAUUGAUCUGCC